GGGAGAUGGAAAUUGCGGAUGGGUUUAUCCAAUUUGUAGGGGCCAAAGUUUCUGUUUCAUUUAUUAAUUGGAGAUGGAAGGGAGGGCGAAAUUGGCAGAAGAAGGAGCAGGGAAAUUAAUAGUUCCAAUGUGGUCAGAAUUUUGGAGAGAAAAGAUUGAUGGAGGAGGAAAGGGAACUUGGUAUACCCUGGCUGUGAUAGUGAUCAUACUCACAUGUCAUUUGCUAAACUCUCGCCUUCGAUUUAGACAACGACCACAUGCCCAAUCCAUCACUUCUCGUGAUGCCUCUUCUUCUCGUGUCAGGAUCACUACAGUGAUAUCUGAUCUAGAUCUGAAGAAUUUGAUUGACGACAUAAAUAAGAAAUUCCAAGCUAAUGAGAAAUGGGAGGAUGUCAUUAACCGGAGAACAGAUCGUCUUUCCUACCGUGCACAGUGUUGUAAACUGAAGGAUGCGCCUCUUAAGUAUCUGAGUGUCACUGUAUUUGAGAAUUGCUCUGUUGAGAUGCUAAGAGAUUUCUACAUGGACAAUAAUUUCCGAAAAAUUUGGGAUAAAACCUUGAUUGAGCAUAAGCAGUUGCAGGUUGAUACAAGCAGUGGAACUGAAAUAGGCCUUAUGAUAAAAAAGUUUCCACUAUUGACUCCAAGAGAGUACGUAUUAGCUUGGAGGGUGUGGGAAGGCAAUGAUGGAUCCGUCUACUGUUUUACCAAGGAAUGUGAAUAUCCUUUGGCACAAAGAAGGAACAAGUAUGUCAGGGUUGGGCUCUUUAGAUCUGGUUGGAGAAUCAAGAAAGUUUCUGGUAGGAAUGCCUGUGAGAUCCAGAUGGUACACCAAGAAGAUGCUGGUCUUAAUGUUGAAAUGGCAAAACUAGCCUUUGCAAAGGGCAUAUGGAGCUAUGUCUGUAAAAUGGAUGAUGCACUUCGGCGAUACUCUGCCCUGGACCAUUCUCAAUUGACUUCAGGUUUGAGUGCCAUCGCAUUAAUUCAAAAGGUUCCACUUGGAUUGGACACCUUAGAGCACGCAAGGAACUUAAUCAGUCCAGAAACAUGCACAAGUAGUUACUAUUGCUGUGGAGUGUCACGUGAAUGCAAUGCAAGGGAACAAAGAAAAGAACCAUUAAACAAUGUGGUGCCAAAUAUGCUGAUGCUCCUGGGUGGUGCAAUCUGCAUGUCUAGAGGGCUCUCUAACUUGGGAGCAAAGGUUGCCAUGGCAUGUAUCCUGAGUAAGCUUGUGAAGCGCAAUGCUUUGAGAAGCACAAGCCUGCAGAGGUUUAGUCAGAUAGAGGUUCACAGACGUGAAGAAUGUAAGAUGAUUCGUGAAGAUGAACUCCAUUGCGGCUGCUCAAGUGUCACCUCUUGAGUAGGAAUGUAGCUGUGCAUAUUUAUAUGUGGUUCAAUGUGGUUUCAGAAAUUUACGUUAUACUAAAUUAUUGUUGUUUUUUUAUUUCUCCAAUUACCUGUCUACUAACUCAGAAUCUUAUGCUUUCGUGAUUGAAGCACGAAUAAGUGGAUUGGACCUCUCUCUCGCUCUAA